AUGGCUGUUCAAGCUCAAUACCCUUCCAAUGUACUCUUUCUCAACACCAAAAACACCCCACAAGAUGCUGAAUUUAAUUUCUCAUUACAACAACAACAACAACAACAACCUGAUCAAUCAAAUAUGAUCUUGUUCAACACUCCAGCCACUAACUCUCGAAAAAGAGGAAGAGAACCAUCUCAUAAUAUCAUGAAUCCAUUCUCUUCACAAUCUCAUUCUCCUCAUCUCAUAGACAUCACCCAACUCCACAAUCAUCAACAACAACAGCAACAACAAAUUGUUUCUACCGGUUUAGGUUUAUCCUUCGGCGAUCAACAUCAACAACAACAACAUCAACAACAAAGACUACAAUUGCUGCAGCAGCAACAACAGCAACAACAACAUGGGUGUCAUACAUCUCAUUUCUUAUCUCUAUUGUCUCAUGGCCUAGCCUCACAAAUCAAACAACAAAAAGACGAAAUAGACCAAUUUCUUCAAGCUCAGGGAGAAGAGUUACAAAGGACAUUAGAGGGAAAAAGACAUAGAAACUACCAAGCAAUAAUAAAAACAGCGGAAGAAACGGUGGCGCGUAGAUUAAGAGAAAAAGAAAUCGAAGUCGAAAAAGCCACGCGCAGGAACAUAGAGUUAGAAUCACGCGCCGCCCAGCUUAGAGCCGAAUCACAAAUUUGGCAAGCAAAAGCAAAAGCGCAGGAAGCAACGGCCAUUUCUCUUCAAACGCAGCUGCAUCAGGCUAUGAUGUGCACCGGCGCAGAAAACAGAGGUGAAGAAGGGUGCGGGCUGUCGUGCGCCGCGGAAGAUGCGGAAUCGGGUUAUAUUGACCCGGAAAGGGUUCUCUCGGGUCCAAAAUGUAGAGGGUGUGGAAAACGGGUUGCGUCGGUUGUGGUGUUACCGUGUCGUCAUUUAUGUGUUUGCACCGAAUGCGACGCGCGUUUCCGUGUUUGUCCCGUUUGUCUCACCGUUAAAAAUUCGACGGUUGAGAUUUAUCUAUCUUAG